UCGGAGACGCCGCCGCUGCCGCCAGCACAGCCGGAGACCUGAGCCGACCUUGGGGGCUGUCCGCGGGCCCCGCACACUCUCGAUGAGUCGGAGGAGUCCCGUUGUAUCAGAGUAAGAUGGACGGUAGCUUUGAUUGUGAUUGUGGUGAGCUGGAGCCACCUGAUCACUAACAAAAGAUACCUGUCAGCCAACAUCACCAGGGCUUCCUGUUGAAAUACAUAACAAGGAAGAGAGGAAGCAAAGGGAAUAGUGCUUUCAGCGCCUUAGGAUGCUGCUCAGGACCAGUCCAACACUGAAUGUAUCUGCACUGUGAGAGGAUGUCCACGGAGGCCUGCCGGGUGCAUAUUUAUUCACAGUUUUGUCCCAUGUUAAGUCGGUUAGCAUAGUCUAUCUGAGUGCAUAGUAUGUCAUUUCAUUCCGUUUGAGUUUCUUGAGUGUUUUCUUUAAAUGUCUGCAGAGUUGCUGCCCUUCCUUGAACUAUGAGCACUGCAAUCUUUUUGAUUCUCAGUAUGAAUAGAGAUUUUUGAGCUUUAAGUCUGAGGGGAACUCAGCGGGCCUGGUUGGCGUCUGCAAUGAACAUCAAGAAACCAUCGUGCUGUGGAAACAGAAUUGUUUUUCUCCCUUUUUGAGAGAUCUUUCCUUUUGAUGCCAGUUGUCUUCCUUGUUUACACAAGUUCAACAAUUUGAAAGGAAAAGUCAAUUGUAAGGGUUUCAGAAUGGCAGAGAAAUUUGAAAGUCUCAUGAACAUUCAUGGUUUUGAUCUGGGCUCUAGAUACAUGGACUUAAAACCAUUGGGCUGUGGAGGCAAUGGCUUGGUUUUUUCUGCUGUAGACAAUGACUGUGACAAAAGAGUAGCCAUCAAGAAAAUUGUCCUCACCGAUCCCCAGAGCGUCAAACAUGCUCUCCGUGAAAUCAAAAUUAUUAGAAGACUUGACCAUGAUAACAUUGUGAAAGUGUUUGAAAUUCUUGGUCCCAGUGGAAGCCACUUAACAGAUGAUGUGGGCUCUCUCACGGAGCUGAACAGCGUCUACAUAGUUCAGGAGUACAUGGAGACAGACUUGGCGAACGUGCUGGAGCAGGGCCCUCUACUGGAAGAGCAUGCCAGGCUUUUCAUGUAUCAGCUGCUACGUGGACUCAAGUAUAUCCAUUCUGCAAACGUACUGCACAGAGAUCUCAAGCCAGCUAAUCUUUUCAUUAACACUGAAGACUUGGUGCUGAAGAUAGGUGACUUUGGUUUGGCACGGAUCAUGGAUCCUCAUUAUUCCCAUAAGGGUCAUCUUUCUGAAGGAUUGGUUACCAAAUGGUACAGAUCUCCACGACUUUUACUUUCUCCUAAUAAUUAUACUAAAGCCAUUGACAUGUGGGCUGCAGGCUGUAUCUUUGCUGAAAUGUUGACUGGUAAAACCCUCUUUGCAGGUGCACAUGAACUUGAACAGAUGCAGCUCAUCUUAGAAUCUAUUCCUGUUGUGCAUGAGGAAGAUCGUCAGGAGCUUCUCAGUGUGAUUCCAGUUUACAUUAGAAAUGACAUGACUGAGCCACACAAACCGCUAACUCAGCUGCUUCCGGGAAUUAGUCGAGAAGCACUGGAUUUCCUGGAAGAGAUUCUGACAUUCAGCCCCAUGGAUCGGCUAACAGCAGAGGAAGCGCUUUCCCAUCCUUACAUGAGCAUCUACUCUUUUCCAACGGAUGAGCCAAUUUCAAGCCAUCCUUUUCACAUAGAAGAUGAAGUUGAUGAUAUUUUACUUAUGGAUGAAACACACAGUCACAUUUAUAACUGGGAAAGGUAUCAUGAUUGUCAGUUCUCGGAGCAUGACUGGCCUAUUCAUAACAACUUUGAUAUCGAUGAAGUUCAGCUUGACCCAAGAGCUCUGUCUGAUGUCACCGAGGAAGAAGAAGUUCAAGUUGAUCCUCGAAAAUACUUGGAUGGAGACCGAGAGAAGUACCUGGAGGAUCCCGCCUUUGACACUAGCUACUCUGCUGAGCCUUGCUGGCAGUACCCAGAUCACCACGAGAACAAGUACUGUGAUCUGGAGUGUAGCCACACCUGUAACUACAAAACAAGGUCACCAUCAUAUUUAGAUAACUUGGUAUGGAGGGAGAGUGAAGUUAACCAUUACUAUGAGCCCAAACUUAUUAUAGAUCUUUCCAACUGGAAAGAGCAAAGUAAAGAAAAAUCCGAUAAAAAAGGCAAGUCAAAGUGUAAGAGGAACGGAUUGGUCAAAGCACAGAUAGCGCUGGAGGAAGCAUCCCAGCAACUGGCGGAGAAGGAAAGAGAGAAGAGCCAGGGCUUUGACUUUGAUUCCUUCAUAGCAGGAACUAUUCAGCUUAGUUCCCAGCAGGAGCCUGCUGACGUUGUUGACAAGUUAAACGACUUGAAUAGCUCAGUGUCCCAGCUAGAAUUGAAAAGCUUGAUCUCCAAGUCAGUCAGCCAAGAGAAGCAGGAAAAGGGGAUGGCGAACCUGGCUCAGCUGGAAGCCUUGUACCAGUCCUCCUGGGACAGCCAGUUGGUGAGCGGCAGCGGGGAGGAGUGUUUCCUCAUCAGUCAGUUCUGUUGUGAGGUCAGGAAGGACGAGCAUGUGGAGAAGGAGAACACGUACACCAGCUAUCUGGACAAGUUCUUUAGCAGGAAGGAAGAUUCUGAAAUGCUAGAAACUGAGCCAGUUGAGGAAGGGAAGCGUGGGGAGAGAGGACGCGAGGCAGGGCUUCUGAACGGCAAUGGGGAGAUCCUCCUGAGCAAGCAGCUAGAGUCCAUAGGCACUCCGCAGUUCCACAGUCCAGUGGGGUCCCCACUCAAGUCCAUCCAGGCCACGUUAACACCUUCCGCUAUGAAAUCUUCCCCUCAAAUCCCUCACAAGACAUACAGCAGCAUUCUGAAACAUCUGAACUAAACACUCAGCAGACAUUUCUCUUUGUUCUUCAUGAGAUGUGUUGUCUUUUUUUAUCACUAAUGUUCUAAGUCAAUUUUUUACUUGAAUCAGAAGGUGUCAUUAAUUUGCAAGGAGUUUUCUUAGUUCUCGGUUUGUAAAAUGCAGACUUUUUCUACAUGUGAGUUAGUUUUCAUUUGAACUGGCAUGUCAUUUGCACACAUACACACAAAGAAUAGAGCAAAACAAUGCAGUGCAGGAGGAGACGAGAUGCGCUAGGGUGAACAGACAUUCUCAUAGACCAGUGACCUGCUUUACGGGAAACAAAACCUUGCCUUGAAACUUACACAGUGAGACUGUACAUAAUUGCAUGAAAAGAUCUAUUUUUUUCCUGAAACAUUUUUCAUUCAUUAGUAUUUUCAAGUUUUUCAUACUGUACACAUUUCUUAAGACACAUGAUACCAGCAGCAACUGAAAACGAAUGCCGAAUUUGGUACACAUGUGUUAUCUACCUCAAGGUAACAAAAGUAUGUGGCGAAACAUAAA